AUGGCUGGAAGUAUAUCAGAUGCAUUAACUCAACCAAUUGAAGAUCAAAUUAGAAAAUCAGCAACUGGUGGAUCAGUCGGAUCUUCUUCAAAACCACCAACACCAGACCAUUCCAAGAUUAGAGAAUUUACACCAGCUUAUUAUGCUGCUUGUACUUUAGGUGGUAUGAUUGCAUGUGGUCCAACUCAUUCAGCAAUUACACCAUUGGAUUUAGUUAAAUGUAGAAGACAAGUUGAUGGUCAUUUAUAUAAAUCAAAUAUUCAAGGAUGGAAAACUAUUAUGAAAACACUGGGAGAUUCCCUUUUCACUGGGUUUGGUGCUACUUUUAUUGGUUAUUCAUUACAAGGAGCUGGUAAAUAUGGUUUUUAUGAAUAUUUCAAAAAAAAAUAUAGUGAUUUAGUUGGUCCAAAAUAUGCAAAAGAUUAUAAAACAGGUGUAUUCUUAGCUGCUUCUGCAAGUGCUGAAUUCUUAGCUGAUAUUGCAUUAUGUCCAUUUGAAACAAUAAAAGUUAAAACUCAAACAACUAUACCACCAUAUGCUAAUUCCAUAAUUGAUGGUUGGAAAAAAAUUGUUGCAAGUGAAGGGGUAGCUGGAUUAUAUAAAGGAAUAGUACCAUUAUGGUGUAGACAAAUUCCAUAUACUAUGGUUAAAUUUGCAAGUUUUGAAAAUAUAGUAGAUAGAAUUUAUAAAUUUUUAGGUAAACCAAAAUCAAGUUUUUCAACAUUACAACAAACUGAAGUUUCAUUUGCUGGUGGUUAUUUAGCAGGUAUAUUAUGUGCAAUUGUUUCACAUCCAGCUGAUGUUAUGGUAUCAAAAAUAAAUUCAGAUAAAAAACCUGGUGAACUGACUGGUCAAGCUAUAAGUAGAAUUUAUUCAAAAAUUGGUUUUCCUGGUUUAUGGAAUGGAUUACCUGUUAGAAUUUUUAUGAUUGGUACUUUAACUGGAUUCCAAUGGUUGAUUUAUGAUACUUUUAAAGUUAUGGUUGGAUUACCAACUACUGGUGGUCAUUAA